AUGGAGCACCGCGCGCCCGUGCCCGAUCGGGUACCCGGUGAAUUGGUGCAGGACCCGGAGUUGCUGCUGCAAGUGCAAGAGCAUUUGUCGACGCUGUGCGGGUUGAACGCGUUGAGGUCAGUUCGGUUUCAUUCCGGGCGGGGAGAUGCAUGUGCAGACCUUUGUGCAGUUCCAAAGGUUGAGCACUUGGCCAUGUGUUUGUGUUACGGUGGAGAUAGGUUCCCGGGUAGUCAACCCGUCAGUUUCGACUUGCAGUCGUUGAAGAUGCUCGAGGAGGAAGAGUGAGUCGCGAGUCGAGGUCGGCCGAAGACCGGGGGGAAACGCACCAGGAGCUCACGCGUUCCGGUGUUUGCUAUGGUCUACAUUAGCUUCUGGGUGUGCGAGAAAUCAGAUGGAGUGAGGGUCAUCGUGCUCGUCGUCGCGACCGAGCAGGGACAGCAGACUUAUCUCGUGAGUCCAUUCGAUCCGAGUCCAGUGACUGGGUUGACAGUGAACAUUCCUCGAUUCAUAGGUCGAUCGAAAAUACUAUUUCUACCAGGUGUCCGGGCUGCGAUUCCCGCACCAAACAGGAUUGGACUUUGAUCAUUCAAACACCGUCCUCGACGGCGAACUCGUCAUUGAUGUCGAGCCCGCAAGAGGGGUCAGUCGAGUGACAUGUGGGGCAUCGUCGGAGGUAGCAAACAACAACAACAACUGAUCAGAUCGUCUGGCGUUUGAACUAUGCAGGAAGUCCUCCGGCUGCUCCUGUUUGACUGCCUCGUCAUCGACUCGGAGAACUUGAUGCACAAACCUUUGCACAAACGAUACGGCGUUCGUCAUCUUCCCGACUCAUCCCUUUAUUUCGUUGCGAUGGUCGAGGUACUUACCUAUGUAUUUGAUCCGCACCUCUGUUUGCCCUUCAACAGCGACUCAAGGCUUACAUUAUGGAACCGUAUGACAAGCUGCUCAUGGCUCACCCCGAGGCGCGCGAGUACUUGCCUUUCGAGUGAGUUUGAUCCCUCGACCGCCGCUUCUUCCUCCGACGGUCCAGUACUAACGCAAUUUCUACUUUUCCUCUUCCAAUCACGCUCCUACGUUCCAUUAGAGUUCGACUGAAGCCUCAAGAACUGUCGUACGGCAUAGAAGCUGUCUUCCGAGAACACGUCCCCAAGUUGCUGCACGGCAACGACGGCCUCAUCUUCACCUCGGCCGAAGCCGUCUAUACGCCUGGUACAGACCCCAAAAUGUGGGUAGUCGAUACAUGAAGUCGGGCUUCACUCGAGCACGAAUGAUGAUGAUGAUGAUGAUGAUUGCUGACCUCGAACGAGGCGCGUUUUCUUCGCGACGCGCCUAGCCUCAAGUGGAAACCGCCGAGUGAGAACUCGAUCGACUUCGUGCUGCAACUCAAAUUCCCCGCUCGGGGCGAUAACGAUCACGAACCCGAUUAUACGGCCAAACCCAUCUUCAUGCUCUUGAUGAACCACGGUCACGAAGGUUCGUUCUACUUCGACACCAUGUCCGUCGAUGACGAUACUUGGGAAAAAUGGAAAGCCUCGGGGGAACAAUACGACGAUCGGGUCGUCGAAGUCGUUUGGGAUGUCGAGAGGCAGACGUGGAGGUUGUUGAGGUUCAGGGAUGACAAGUUGGAAGGAAAUUACAAGACGGUCGUGAGUAGUAUCAUCAAGAGUAUACAACAUGGGGUUGAGGAGGAGAGGUUGGUCGGGCAUGCGCCGAGGAUCAAGAGUGCGUGGAAGGUGAGGGCGGAGAGGAGGAGGAGGGAGGAGGAGGAGAGGAGGAGGGUCGAAGAGGAGAGGAGGAGAGUUGAAGAGGAGAGGAGGAAAGCAGAGUUCGAAGUCAAGAAGAAGGAGUUUGAGAGAAAGAGGGCGAGGGGAGAGAUCCCGCCGCAGGGGCAGUCGUUGCCGAAUACUGUUGCUGGGGGGCUGAGGCGAUGA